AUGGAAGCCAGCGCCGGAUUAGUCGCUGGUUCGCAUAAUCGUAACGAGCUUGUUGUCAUUCAUGGCCAUGAAGAGCAUAAACCUUUGAAGAACUUGGAUGGUCAAGUGUGUGAGAUAUGUGGUGAUGAUGUUGGACUCACUGUGGAUGGAGACUUGUUUGUGGCAUGCAAUGAGUGCGGUUUUCCGGUGUGUCGGCCGUGCUAUGAAUAUGAAAGAAGGGAGGGGAGACAGCUCUGUCCUCAGUGCAAGACCAGAUACAAGCGUCUCAAAGGGAGCCCUCGGGUUGAGGGAGACGAUGACGAGGAAGAUGUGGACGAUAUUGAACAUGAAUUCAACAUUGAAGAGAAAAUGAACAAUCAUGAUCAUUCUGCUGAGGCCAUGCUGCAUGGGAAGAUGAGCUAUGGCAGAGGACCUGAAGAUGACGAGAAUGCGCAUUUCCCAGCUGUUAUUGCUGGCGGUCGCUCUCGACCUGUGAGUGGUGAGUUCCCAAUUUCAUCUCAUGGUUAUGGAGAGCAGAUGUUAUCUUCUACGCUGCAUAAACGAGUUCAUCCAUAUUCCGCAUCUGAUCCUCGAGGUGCGGGAUGGGAUGAAAAGAGAGAAGAUGGAUCAUAUGAUAGAGUGGAUGACUGGAAAUUACAGCAAGGAAAUUUGGGACCUGAACCUGAUGAAGAACUAGAUGGAGCCAUGUCGGAUGAAGCAAGACAGCCACUGUCAAGGAAGGUACCGAUAGCAUCGAGCAAAAUCAAUCCAUAUAGGAUGGUGAUCGUGGCACGUCUUGUUAUUCUUGCCUUCUUCCUCCGAUACAGACUUAUGAACCCAGUUCAUGAUGCAAUGGGACUAUGGCUAACUUCCAUUAUAUGUGAAAUCUGGUUUGCUUUUUCAUGGAUCCUAGAUCAGUUCCCCAAAUGGUAUCCUAUUGAUAGAGAAACCUACCUCGACCGUCUUUCAAUCAGGUACGAGCGUGAAGGUGAACCAAACAUGCUUGCGCCGGUCGAUGUCUUUGUCAGUACUGUGGAUCCCUUGAAGGAACCUCCUCUGAAUACGGCAAACACAGUUCUUUCGAUUUUGGCAAUGGACUACCCCAUUGAUAAGAUAUCAUGCUACAUUUCUGAUGAUGGAGCUUCAAUGUGUACAUUUGAAGCCUUGUCAGAAACUGCGGAGUUUGCUAGGAAGUGGGUGCCGUUCUGUAAGAAAUUUUUGAUAGAACCCCGCGCACCAGAGAUGUACUUUUCUGAGAAAAUUGACUAUCUAAAGGACAAAGUGCAGCCUACUUUUGUCAAAGAACGUCGAUCCAUGAAGAGAGAAUAUGAAGAGUUUAAGGUUAGGAUCAACGCGCUUGUGGCAAAAGCCCAAAAGGUUCCAGCAGGAGGAUGGAUUAUGCAGGAUGGAACACCAUGGCCAGGAAACAAUACUAAAGAUCAUCCUGGUAUGAUUCAAGUCUUUCUUGGUCACAGCGGAGGUCAUGAUACUGAAGGAAACCAGCUUCCUCGCCUUGUUUAUGUAUCCAGAGAGAAAAGGCCUGGAUUUCAACACCACAAGAAAGCCGGUGCCAUGAAUGCUCUGGUCCGAGUCUCUGCUGUACUUACAAAUGCUCCUUUCAUGCUGAACUUGGAUUGUGAUCAUUAUAUCAAUAACAGCAAGGCUGUCCGAGAGGCCAUGUGCUUCUUAAUGGACCCACAAACAGGGAAGAAGGUCUGCUAUGUCCAGUUUCCUCAAAGAUUUGACGGCAUUGAUACAAAUGAUCGAUAUGCUAAUAGGAACACAGUUUUCUUUGAUAUUAAUAUGAAGGGUCUAGAUGGUAUUCAGGGUCCUGUAUAUGUCGGCACAGGGUGUGUAUUUAGAAGACAAGCUUUAUAUGGAUAUAAUCCUCCCAAGGGUCCCAAGCGUCCCAAAAUGGUCAGUUGUGAUUGCUGCCCAUGUUUUGGAAGGCGCAAGAAGGUUAAGCAUGCAAUGACCGAUGCAAAUGGAGAGGCUACAAGCCUAAGAGGAAUGGAUGAUGACAAAGAAUUACUGAUGUCCCAGAUGAAUUUUGAGAAGACAUUUGGGCAGUCAUCAAUUUUCGUGACUUCAACCUUGAUGGAAGAGGGUGGUGUACCUCCUUCCUCAAGUCCAGCAAGCCAGCUUAAAGAAGCCAUUCAUGUAAUCAGUUGCGGAUAUGAAGAUAAAACUGAAUGGGGGCUUCAGCUUGGUUGGAUUUAUGGAUCUAUUACAGAGGAUAUUCUAACAGGCUUUAAGAUGCAUUGCCGUGGUUGGAGAUCCAUUUACUGUAUGCCAAAGAGAGUAGCAUUCAAGGGUACUGCUCCCAUCAACUUGUCAGAUAGGCUCAACCAGGUGCUUCGUUGGGCCCUUGGCUCCAUUGAGAUCUUCUUCAGUCAUCAUUGCCCCUUAUGGUAUGGCCACAAGGAAGGGAACCUGAAGUGGCUUGAGCGAUUUGCCUAUGCAAACACAACUAUCUACCCCUUCACCUCCAUACCUCUAGUUGCCUACUGUAUUCUUCCUGCUGUCUGCUUACUCACUGACAAAUUCAUCAUGCCACCGAUAAGCACUUUUGCUAGUUUGUACUUUGUUGCUCUCUUCACUUCAAUCAUGGCAACGGGCAUUCUUGAGUUAAAAUGGAGUGGUGUCAGCAUUGAGGAAUGGUGGAGAAAUGAGCAGUUCUGGGUCAUCGGUGGUGUAUCAGCACAUCUCUUUGCUGUCAUACAAGGUCUUCUAAAGGUUCUUGCUGGAAUUGACACCAACUUCACUGUUACAGCCAAGGCAACAGAUGAUGAGGACUUUGGAGAAUUAUACGCCAUUAAGUGGACUACUCUCCUAAUUCCUCCAACCACUAUCUUAAUAAUCAAUAUUGUUGGGGUUGUUGCUGGAAUCUCAGAUGCCAUAAACAAUGGAUAUCAAUCAUGGGGACCUCUAUUCGGAAAACUCUUCUUUUCCUUCUGGGUGAUUGUCCAUCUGUAUCCAUUCCUUAAAGGUUUGAUGGGUCGGCAAAACCGCACACCCACCAUUGUUGUGAUAUGGUCAGUGUUGUUGGCUUCCAUUUUCUCCUUGCUAUGGGUAAGAAUUGACCCGUUCGUGCUCAAAACUAAGGGACCUGAUACCAAGCUAUGUGGAAUCAACUGUUAA